UUUUAAAAAAACUGCUUAUUUGUUGUUUUAGUUGAACUCUAAAGUUCGAGCUCGAGGCCCAGUGGAGAGCCCGAGCGGCGGCUCCGAAAAGUUUGUUGUUGUCACGUGACGUGGAACGAAUGUGUGUCGAUAAAAGUUUGUUUAGAUUGUAAAACCGGGUGGCGCUAUCGUUUUAUCGAAACUUCUUCAGCACCGUUUUCACCGCAAUGCCUCAACCAAAACACCGAAAGAUUGCUGUAUUAGGUUACCGGUCUGUGGGAAAAUCAUCGCUUACAAUACAGUUUGUGGAAGGACAGUUUGUUGACUCUUAUGAUCCUACAAUUGAAAAUACCUUUAAUAAAAUGGUCAGUGUCUGUGGCCAAGAUUUCAAUCUUCAGCUGGUGGAUACAGCUGGACAAGACGAGUACUCAAUUUUUCCACAGUCUUACUCCAUGGACAUCCAUGGCUAUGUCCUUGUAUAUUCAGUGACCUCUGCGAAAAGUUUUGAAGUUGUGCAGGCUCUACAUGAUAAAUUGCUAGACAUGGCUGGAAAGGUUCCAACUGUUCUUGUUGGGAACAAAAAAGAUCUCCACAUGGAAAGGGUUAUCAAACCAGAGGAGGGAAAGAAGCUUGCUGAUACUUGGGGUGCUGCAUUCAUGGAGUCCUCAGCUAAGGAGAAUGAUACUGCUGUUGAGGUUUUCAAGAGAAUCAUUUUGGACAUGGAGAGAGCUGAUGGAAAUGUACCUUCAGAAGAGAAAAAGUGUGCUGUGAUGUGAAAAAGAAAAUAUCCGAGACAUCAGUCAACUCAUUUGUUGAAGACAGGAGACCCAACCUCACCAGCCUGCCAUUUGUGACCUCGCCAACACCAAAGCACGACUGUGGAAAUGAACUGCUCCAUUGUGAUUCCAGAUCGAUUUACAUACUAAAGCACCUCUCCCCACAAUUGAUAAACUGGCCUGGGAUCAGAUUAUUUUAUCUUUAGACAAAAUAGUAUCUUCAUUUGGACAUUCUUUUUUUCAAUGAUAAAGUGUCUGUCUGUGCAUUGG